GACGUGGAGGGCCGCGCGUCAGGAGCAGCCCGGGCCCCCAGGAACAAGCUCUCUUGGCCAGCGCUGGGCUGGGGGCCGGUCACGGACGAACCCGGUGCGCGGUGCACGCAACGUGCUGGGCGGGCUGGUCACGCGCUAAUGAACGGAUUACUGGCAAGGCGGAUCAAUACGGGCGCCCAUUGUUCUCUCCCCGGGUGCUAGCCACCACGAGGAACGGUGCAAAUAACCAUACGCAUAGUGCAGCCGGGUACCAUGCGUGGACAACAAAGCACACAGUCUAGCCUGGGGGCCGCAUUAUUACCACCCUCCUCAGUCAUCUCACUCUGCUCUGCCGUCUCAAGUGGCCCCAUUUCGCGGGAUCCCUGCCGCUGCCGCUCCGAGACCCUGAACGGGGCCCAUUCUUUUACUUUUACUUUGGCCCUCAGUCCGUCGCAACUUUGUUCGACAGCUUGGCUCCUGUCAGUCGCCGUCCCAUCUGUACUUUUUGCUGCCCUUUAUUUCUACAGUCCCAUCUCCUCACCGUCAACAUCGCCGUCGUCGCAACAAGUCGUCAUCUCAUCCUCCUCCCUUAGCUUCGUGCAGCAACACAAACACCAACAUCAUGUCGUAUCAGCAACAAGGCUACCCUCCCCAGGGCUACGAGCAGCAGGGCUACCCGCCCCAGCAAGGCUAUUAUCAGGGCCCUCCUCCCCAGCAGCAGGUACGCGAUCACGAACUCUUCGUCUUCACUUUUACUGGUAGACGCGGGGAAAUCCCCCCGAUGAGCUUGCUUCGCAUGUCUUUUUGCCCGAGCUGCAAAAUCAACUAAACAAUGCCCUACUUGUUCUAUAGAUGCAAUACCAGCAAGGGCCUCCCCCUCAGCAGCGCGAAGAGAAGAGCCACGGCUGCUUGUACACCUGGUAAGCCAA